AUUUUUUGUUGCAUCUAUAUAAUAUAUAUCAUGGGUGUUUUUUCUUUCGAUGAUGAACUCCACUCAACUAUUGUUCCAGCUAAACUCUACAAAGCUCUUGCUAAAGAUGCUGAUGAUAUAGUUCCAAAGGUUAUUGAGGCCAUCCAAAGUGUUGAAAUUGUUGAAGGAAAUGGAGGACCCGGAACCAUCAAGAAGCUAACCGCUGUUCAUGGUGGCAAAACAAGCUAUGUGCUACACAAAUUAGAUGCAAUUGAUGAAGCAAACUUUGGAUAUAACUACAGCUUAGUGGGAGGAACAGAUGUGGAUGAAAGUUUAGAGAAAGUUACAUUUGAGACAAAGAUAGUGGCUGGUCCAUCUGGUGGGUCCAUAGUGAAAAUCUCAGUGAAAUAUCACACCAAAGGCGAUUUAGUUUUAUCUGAUGCAGUGCGUGAUGAAACAAAAGCCAAAGGAACUGGACUUCUUAAGGCCAUUGAGGGUUACGUUUUGGCUAAUCCUGAUUACUAAGUAAAUUAAAUUAAAUGUUUGUUUUCAUUUUGGUCUUGUUGUGUCGUGCGAGUGAUUAAUAAUUGAAGUCUAUGAUAUGGUUGUUUAUUUUAUGAUAUGGAUGUUGUGAAUUAGUGUGGGUUUAAGUGUUGUUUUGGGUGAAUUUGAUUGGGGUGUUAAAAUACAAAAAUGUAUGUGUUGAGGUUUUGCACCAUAUGUAUUAUGCAAUAAAUAAUGCAAAAGAAUUCCGUAUCA